CUAGACGUCAUGUGACUCUGCUGGUCACGUGACUCUCGACUUCUCCACCAAACUUGCUAGGUAAAUUUGCUCAUCUUUUCUUUCCUGGUUGUCAGGAUUGUAGUUCGGACGACUCAAAAGAUGUACCAGCCUGGCCCGAAGAAAUCUCACGAAAAUAUUUCGCCAGGUCCCAAUGAAAUAAACGUGCGUGUUCAUAGCAGUUAUGGAAUGUGAAUAAUUGACCCGGAGAAAAGUGUCCUGUAUGCACAGUCAGCCUUGGAUACUUUUAAAGAUGUCCGGCGGUAGCCUGUUGAGCAAGGUGCGCUCCGCCUUCAGGAGAGAGCGUAACGAAUGGGACAUGAGCAGCGACACGGCACCCUUCGACUUCUCCGAUGAGCUUGUGGAAGACGAAGCGCCCAAAUUCAGCAAACUGAAGGUGGUGGUCUCCGGUGAGAUGUCGGACUACGCCGCAGGUGCUCCGUCCAACGGGGUGGCGGUCAAUACGCUUGUGGUGGCGGGGCGAGACGAAGAUGAUGACUCCCUGCUGGACUCUUCCGCCAGCCUGGGCAGCCCGGGCUUGAACAUGGACCCAUGCGACAGCUGCACCAGGAAGAGGGAAACCAUGAAGCAGAGGAAGGUGAUGAAGAGGCUGGUCAUUGCAGCUGUGCUCUACUUUCUCUUUAUGGUGGCUGAAAUUAUAGGUGGCUAUGUUUCAAAUAGCUUAGCCAUUAUGACUGACGCUGUGCACAUGUUAACCGAUGUGGUGGGGAUCCUGUUCUCUCUGCUGGCUCUAUGGCUGUCCACUAAACCGCCCACCAAGAGAUUCACCUUUGGACUGCAUCGCCUCGAGGUAAUAUCAGCUGUCCUUAGUGUGGCGCUCAUCUACAUCCUGACGGCGAUACUGCUAUUUGAGGCCAUUCAGCGGACAGUAAACCAAGACUUCAACAUCAAUAGCGAUGUUAUGAUCAUCACAGCAGCUGUGGGCGUGGCUGUCAACCUCAUAAUGGGCUUCUUAUUAAACCAAGGUGGUCACAUGCACUCUCAUGGCCACAGUCACUCUCACGGCGCGGCAGCCGCUUCGGAGUCACAAUCACAGAACCAGAGGCCGCACGGCAGCCUGGCUGUCCGAGCCGCCUUCAUCCACGCUUUGGGGGACCUCCUCCAGAGCUUCGGGGUUCUCAUAGCUGCCUACAUCAUCCGCUUCAAGCCCGAGUAUAAACUUGCAGACCCCAUCUGCACCUACAUCUUCUCCAUUCUGGUUCUCUUCACCACAGUCCGCAUCAUACGCGACACAACAAUCAUCGUGCUGGAAGGCGCGCCCCGUUACCUGGACACGGUGCAGAUCAGAGAGGAUCUCCUGAAGAUUGAGAACGUGGAGUCGGUGGACGAGCUGAAUGUUUGGGCGCUGACUGCAGACAAGACCGCAGCACUUGUGCAUCUUCGGCUAACACCCUUAAGUGCCAACAAGUGGGAGGACGUCCAGGCAAAGGCCCGCCACCUGUUGCUCCACACCUAUGGCCUGACCAGAUGCACGGUUCAGGUCCAGACACACAGACAAAGGCCUGUGCGCAUCUGUGCACACUGUGAGCAGCCCAGCACUUAAAGACACUCUCCGCUUUCAACUACGUUCACUUCUUCCUCUUUGUGCAUCUCUGCUGAGCCACGUGUUGGCAAGUUCAGAAAGAUUCAGGCCACCUGUUCCACCGCCCGAAAAUUACGUGGAACAAUAGGAGUCGAGCACGUCUACCCAAAGGAAUACUGCGGCCUGUGAAGACUGACUGCUCUUCAGGCAAUGUUGGCUGACCAUUGAAAUGUUCAGUUAAAGGAUGUGAACCUUCAGCACAUUCUCUUAAUUCACCCUUGCGGCCUAUUUAUCCAUUUUACGCCUUGGUUUUUGGCAACAGGUGAAUAGUUUUUGUUAUUGUGUCAUCAUUAGCCUCUGUUACUAAAUCUAUGGAAAGCCGUUUGAGCGUUAAGUCAAUAGCUCGAAAUCCAGCUUUGAGAUCCCUGUACUAGUACAAUUUAUUACUCACCCACUGAAACAACAUAGCAAGUAGAACAGCUGUGUCUCUCUUAUAUAUAAUAUAUUUUUUAAAAAUUGGGGGGGGUCACGACUUCAUUUUUGCGUAUACUAGUACAUCAACCUUAAGCUAGAUAGGAUAUUGAGUAAACACUUUUCCAUAAAGCCGUUUGAAAUUGUCUUCAUCCUUUCAUCUAUUCUUUGCUCUCCAUUUUAAGGUCCAUGAACUAGUGUGCUGGUUUGUCACAAGUAGACAACUCAGCACACCAGAACUGUGUAUUAUUUGGCAUUUUUUCCCCACAGCUGCUUUGUGCUCAUGUAUGACAUUUAUGCACACCAUUAGGACAACUUUGGUUACUGCACGCUACCAGUGAAGAUAUAGCACUUGGGGCAUGCAGAUGUUAAAUACUGUGUACUUUUACCUCAGUGGUCAUGUAUCCAUCUACUAGUGCAGACCGAGUUUCGCUUCACUAUCUCUAUUACAUUGUUUAAGCAUUUAUUUUCAAUAACCUUAUGUUCUAGUAUGCUCUUUGUCGUCCUCAGUUGUAUUGUAAUUUUGGUAUACGAGCAGAAUAACUACAUGUCAAUCGUGAGGCAAAACUAUUGGUGGGCAUUUUGGUUUUGCUGGUAGCUUUACUUGUGCAGCACAGACCUUAACCAGUCAGGUUUAAUUGUGUGGUAGUAAGUGAUGCUCGUAGUGCACUCCAUUGUCUUUGGGGAGAGGUCGAAGGGUUUACUCAUACGUGGGUGGACCUUUAACUGGAUAGCAAGAACAUGGAACAAAAGCUCAAGCCGCUUUCCUUUGUUUCUUAGCAAUGUACAGCUGUGGCCAGUAAGCUGACUGAAUCAGCUAAGACACCUCACUGUACUCAUCAAAGUCACAUUAUAUUCACCAGUAAGACUGCAAGAGUGAUCCACACUAGUAUUCAAGUUAAUUUCCAUCAACACUUGACAUUGGAGUCUGUUUAAAGUUUCAGGUGGCAGGAGUUGGCGUGUUUAAGUGCCAUAAAAGCUGCCGUACUUCGGUGGUGGCUGACAGUAUUGUAGCAUUGACUCAACUCCUCUAGUAUUUCUGUGUUUUGAAAGGAAAGUGGGACUUGGAAUUCGCGAAUUAUAAUUACAUUCAUAUUGCUCAUACUAAUUAUUGGAACACAAUGCAAGAUCAGUGUUUUGUAAUAAAGCCUUAAAAUGUUUGUUUCACCCACA